UUUCUAUGACUUACUGACAGAAACUGACAUUCAGGUGCGUGCUGGUUCGAUACACUUUGGGAAGUGAACCAACAUGUGGGAUUUCAAGGUGCAAAGAUCCAGACGGCUCUGGCUUUAUUGAAGCGUUAUUCCUCGUGAAUUAGGCCAGUUAUUCAACGGCACAAUGCUUCCACAAGAUAUAGGAGUCGGAUCCGUCUCCACCCGUACCACCACGGCGGUGGUGGGGCUCCGUACCUGAGCGCAAGGUGAACUGCGUCCUCGUCGGAGAUGGAGCGGUGGGGAAGACCAGUCUUAUCGUCAGCUACAGCACAAAUGGUUAUCCGACAGAAUACAUUCCAACAGCUUUCGACAACUUUGCAGCUAUGGUUGUGGUGGACGGAAAACCUGUGAGACUGCAACUCUGUGAUAUGGCUGACCAGAAAUGGGGGAUGGAGGAUGACACUAUUAAUAAUGUAAGCCGUUCUCUAUCAGUGGUCAGUAGUUUGUUUAGAUUCCACAGCUUCACUUAUCCCAACAUAGGUUGCCUCCACAUUCUAUCCCGUGUCUUGGUUGCCCCCUAUAGGGAUUCCCCUGCACUCCCUCCCCUCUCUGAUCCUGUGUCAGUAGUUAUCACCCCCUGGCAGAAUAUCUCUCGUAGUCGUUGCCUCCCCCUUGAUCCUCAGAUUUAUAUCGCCCCCUGUGAGAGGUUCCUGUCCGUGCCCCCAGAAUCUAUACCUUCUUACGUUCUCUCUGGCUCUCUGUGCUUUAUCGCCCCCUUUUGGACGACUCUCACAGACCUUGCUCUUCCUAUCUCAUGCCCAAUUCCAAAUCCAACUCUUCCCCUACUCCUUAAUAGGCACCUUUGUAGAUCUGAAAGGAUUGGAUAGGUGUGGGGCGGCAGGGCUAGAGCGUUGGACUAGUAACCGGAAGGUUGCAAGUUCAAAUUCCCGUGCCGACAAGGUACAAAUCUGUCGUUCUGCCCCUGAAUGGGCAGUUAAGCCACUGUUCCUAGGCCGUCAUUGAAAAUAAGAAUUUGUUCUUAACUGACUUGCCUAGUUAAAUAAAGGUAAAAUGUAAAAAUAAAAGGUGUAAUAAUCAAUAUGCCCUGAUGGGGACCCAUCUGGACCUGAGGGAAGAUGUCCAGGUGCUGGUCCAGCUGGCCAGGAAUCAGGAGCGGCCCCUGGGCACCGAGGAGGCCCAGCAGCUGGCGCAGGAUAUCGGGGCCGUGUCCUUCGUAGAGUGCUCGGGUCUGUCCCAGAAGAACCUGAAGGAGGUGUUUGAACUGGCCAUCUUGGCCAGCAUCCAGCCGGUGGAGAACGUUCAGCAGCUCCAGCAGAGGCAGAGCCUGAGGAAGAAGACCCCGGAUAAGAUUAAGAGUCUCUUUGAGACUUGGUGGAAGAAGCUGAGCUGUGUUGUUGUGGCAGGAGAGUGUGUGGGAGGAGAGUUUGACUGAACCCCCAAGCAGCUGUUUAGGAUUUGACAUUUUUCUAAGCUUGUAUUUAGACUUGAGUUUUUUUCACUCCAUAUAUAAUAGCACUCAGGAAAACAGACCUGGAUCAAUAAUAUGUUGGAAGAAAUGUAAAUGUGUUAUCCAAAGACUCAUGGAAUUAUUUAAUAUCUAAAAAGGAGAAGCACUAAAAAUAAUUAUCAUUGCUGGCAAGAUAAUGAAUGAGUUUCAGCGUCAGUGAUACCUUAUGUUAACUACGGGUAGGACAAGGUUUUGUGUUCAAAGGCCUUGACGAGGGCACAACAAGUCUGAAUUAAGUGAUUGGAUUUGAGUUAGCAAAUCCAAUAGCUGGGGAGACUACUAAUGAAAUGACUGACUUCACAAUGGUCUCUGUGUUAUUCUGUGUAACCCCCAUCAAGUGUCAAAGGUCACCAUUGGAGAAUGUUGUGGAGGAUUACGAGAAACUAGCCAGUAGAAACUCUAACGCCAAACCAUAAACUUACUUUGUCUGCCAUUUUGACAAAGUCUCUCAAUGUUAUUUACUAACCUAUAUCAGAUAAUGUACAAUGACUGCUCUUUCAAGUUCAAGUAGUCCAAAGCACUGUUCUUGUAUCAGUUGUUGACAUUGCUGGACAUCCCAACCAAACACAGCAAAUGAUACUGUAGUUUACCAGUCAGAUUGACUCUAAUCUGACUCUAAUUUGCAAAUCAGUUGGUAUGACUUUCCCCCCUGAUCCCUGGUCAGGUCUUUCGUGGUGAUGAAUGGUAUUGGUUCUCCGGUGGAGGCCGUACACAGCUUUCUAAUAGGACGAGACAGGACCACCUAGAUUGGAUUAGCUGGGCAUAUGGUGGCUGACCCAGCCGUCUGAAUCCAUCACACCGUAGCCCUGCUCUGAUGUCAACCAUGACCGUCUGCCUAGGAAGACGAAGCAAGACUCAGACCCUGUCACCCUGCUGCUGGAGCUUCACCAUAAAGAGAACAGAGAUCACUGGGGAACGGGGUUCAUAUCAGUAGAGAUGCAUUUCAAAGAAGCGAGAGAUGUUAUUUAUUAUUGUUAGUUGGCAAAUACUAUCUGCAAGUGGAGAUAUUUCUGAAGCACAAAUAAUUUAAAUGAUUUAAAAUAAAUCCUGAUAUUGAUAAAAAACAUGAACGCUUUUACUGAAUACUGAUAUAAAGUUAAUGAUAAGAACACUGCUUUUGU